AUUAAAAAAACAAGAGAGAAACCAGGAAGCCAAGCCAAAGACUCACAACUAGUACUUUACUCUUCUUCAUCUUCAUCUUCUUCGAUAUUGUCUCUCUCUCUGACAUUUCAUCAAACACAAACGAUUCAAUUCAAUUCUACUACCAUGGCAAAUCUCUCUUCACCGAACCUAAGCCUCUUUACCAUUCUCUCCGAAUCAAAGCGCAUCCUCAACGCUCACUCUCGCCAUUUCCUCGCUCUUUGUGUCCUCUUCCUCCUCCCUCUCUCUUUCUCUCUCGUUGUCUACCCAACCCUUCUCAACCUCAUCACUCACCCACCUCCUGACAACCCAAAAGUCCUCCUCCGCAGUUUCCUCGAUUUUCAUCCCCUAGAACAUGACCAACCCAUUUUCUCUGACACCCAGUUCCUCUCAAUCCUCUACUCUCUUUUCGUUUUCGCUUUCUCUAUCUUAGCCAUUGGUUCCAUCACUUUCAGUGUCUUCCAUGGCUUCUAUGGCCGACCCGUCAAGCUCAUCUCAACUAUCAAGUCCGUUUUCCUUUCAUUCUUGCCUCUUUUCGUCACGGUGGUCAUAACCCGGGUCGUGUUUUCUCUGAUUGUUGUUGCUUUUGGGGGGUUCUUGUUGUUGGUGACGAAAAAUUUUGAGCUUUACUCAAAUUACCUUGUGAUUUCUGGUGGGGUUUUGUUGGUUUUGGUCUUGGGGUAUUUGCAAGUGAAUUGGACUUUGGCGUGUGUGGUUGCGGUGGUGGAAUCAAGUUGGGGUUUUGAACCUUUGAGGAGGAGUGCAAGUUUGAUGAGAGGGAUGAGAAAGUUGGGGCUUUCUUUGUUUUUGUUUUUUGGGGUUUUUGGUGGGAUUUUGGUGUGGACUUGUGGUGCUGUUUCUGAAUUGGAUAUUGGAGAUAGUGAUGGGUGGAAAAGUUGGGGUUUUGUUGUGCAGAUUGUUGUGACUUCAACUUUGCUUAUGCUUUUGUUGCUUUACUAUGCUGCGGCAAACACUGUGCUGUAUAUGUAUUGCAAGGCUCUUCAUGGAGAGUUAGCUGUGGAGAUAGCUGAGGAGUUUGCAAGGGAGUAUGUUAGCUUGCCCUUUGAUGAUGGGAAAGUCCCUCAUGUUAUUUCAGUUGUCAUAGGUUGAUUUAGAAUGAGGAUUGUCAUUCAGAUGAUUUGGAAUCAGAUUCAGCUAAACAGCCUUCUUUUCCUUUGUGGUAAGUAGCUAAACGUCAUUCAUGAGGUCUUGCCUCGUAUGAGCCUUGGGAAUGAUUUAUGGGGUAACUAAGGCUGAAGGAGUUUUGCAGUUUGGUAUGGGUGCUGUCCAAGGUAUGGCUUGAUAACUAGGCAGAGGCAGAAUAGGUGAUCAAGUUAUUUGUUCUUUUGAAGAAAAGAGAAGGAAUAUUUGGUUCAUUGUCUACAUUUUUCUGUUUGUGGCUCAUUGUUCCAACUUUUUUUUAAUUUUUAUUUUAUUGCAUGUGGUCCUCGACUCCAUAUUGCUCUGCGGUCUUGAACGAUAAGCCAUCAACUCCAUUGUGCUUGACGGAGCUGAAAUUACAGUUAAAGAAUAGGUUGCUGGGUUUAUUUCUACAUUCUGAAAGUAAUGGAAAAAGAAGUUGGUGUCAUGUAAAUUUGUGAAUUUAAUUAGUCUUAAAAAAAAAAAAAAAAAAAAAAAAAAAAAAAUGAUUCUAUUUACAUAUUGCAGCACAAACAUCAAAAUUCUAUGAAUUUAAGGGUAAGCAUUGGCCCUGCA